AAUAAAGUGAAAAUAUUCGGAUAAAAUCGCAAUGUGUGCAUGCAAUUUCUGUUCGACGUGUCCGGCGAUUUUGCCCUGCGGCACUGGUUCAUGUACUUAUUCAUGUCCUCCGCCUGUAUCUUGUUGUCAGCCGUGUUGCCCGCCACCUUGUCCUUGCACGCCCUGUCCGCCGUGUAAUUGCAAACCGGUAUUCAGGCAAUGCCCUGCACCUGUUAUUCCGGACUUGGUACCACCAAUAGUACCAAUACUUCCUUCUUGUAAAGCGCGGCGCGCCCCGGCGCCUGAACCCCCACCGUACCCGCCACCGUGCCCUGUCUGUUGCCCGCCAGUUUUGCCUUGUUGUCCACCACCUGAGCCUUGUGAUCCACCACCAGUAUGUCCGUGUCCAGAACCAACUCCAUGUUAUGAACCGGUCUUACCAUGCUGCAACCCUCAGUGCCCACCGCCUAUUCUACCGAAACAGCGACCCAUUUGUCCUCGAGCCCCACCAGCUCCAUAUCCUUGCCUUCCCAUAAGCCGUAGCUGUUGUCUAGACUGUGAAUUAGACCCUAUCACUCGAAGAAGACCACUGAUAAUGCAUGACAGCGUAUUCCAAAACAGACCCUCAGGCCGGCCUGUGGAAUGCUUUACCAGACGCAAUCCCAAUGUGCGGUAUUCAGUGAACAACUAUGUAAGACAGGGCCCCCAAUCUGGAUGUCUCUACUCUGUAGAUGUUCCAUUGCGGUAACGGUUCCUGAAUAAAUUAUUCAAUUGACUUGAUUCUGUAAAUGUCCAGUCAAAUGAUGUCAAUGUUGAUAAUAAAUUUAAAACUCAUUGCUUGGAUAUUAUUUAGAUCACAUACAACGUAAAAGACGUGAGAAUUAGAAACAAAGAAUUAUCAAAAUAUUUAUGCAAAGUAGCUUUUAAUAGUUAUAGGUUCGAUCCCCGCAUAAAACUCGUACAUACUGAAGCAGUUUAAAAAUGAUAAAUUUAUUACUAAUAACUUUUUGAAAGUGAUAUUAACCCAUUUGAGGAAAAAAUUUAAUUUUUUCUUACAAAUUUUCUCGAUAUUUUAGGACUGCUGUCUUUUUGCCGGCAUUAACAUCAAAUUUUUUCGACAAAAGUCAUUUACGGUACUUUAUAGAGAAUAUCGUGUAGUUUCCAAAACCCUCCUUCGAUUUC